AUGGCCAACUCGUCCGAGUCCCCAACCGAAGGAACGGGCCUUCUCCAGCCAGGCUCGGAUCAUCAGUCACAGCCUGAAACCGGAAGAGAAUCGCCUGCAGGGUGGUGGGGGCGUAACGGAAGGGCGCUCCCCUCAGCCUUUCUAGCCGCCUUUGUGAUCGGGGUGAACGAGGGAUACACCAAGAACACCAACACUACAUACAUCGGCAAAGACAUGGGCGAAAUGCAAGACGGGGUGAUCAUCGUCCUCCUACCAACUGUGGCCUCCGCACUGGUACCUCCACUUGUACCCUUCCUGAGGCGCAAUCUCUCCCGAAGCUCCUCGAUGCUGAUAGGCCCUCUUGCAAUGGCGGUCGGCUUCCUUGGCAGCGGCACUGCGGGCGUGAUGGGCAGUCCGCGCCCACUAUGGUUGAUUGCCCUGUGGCAAUGCAUUUCGACCUUUGGCAUUGGGUUGUUGAACUUGCUGACGUACUUGGCGAUCAGAGAGGCGACAGAAAGCUCUCCGGGUUAUGCCCACUACCGGGCUUGUUACCAGAUCAUCAUGACAUCGGGAAUGGUUGUCGGCGCUCUGGGGGGACCGGCAAUCAUCAGGUACUUUGAACAGACAGCCUUCGCCACAGCCCUUCGACCCUGGCAGUUCCCUUUCCUCCUAGAAUUCAUCUUCGUGCUGGGUCUUUUUUGGGUCAUAUACAGCAAUCCAGGCUCGAGGGAAGAAGACGGGUUGGUAUCCGAGUCCGUGUGGUCGGGAUUGUUAGAGACUGUGUGUGCGGUUCUCUUGACGGGCACUCCCGCCACAUUGUGCAGCAUUCUCAUCCUGUGGGACAUGCCCGUGAGUUACUUCGUCAUGGCCUUUAUCCUGUGGCUCAUAUUUGCAACACUCCUGAUCUCUCUCCGUUUCGAGACCACCUCCCUCUAUCCAGUGAAUGUCGUCGGCUCCAGACAAGUGAGGCUCCUUGUAGGAGCCCGGGCCACAGCGAGCGUUAUGGUUCAAACGCUCCAGUACCGGCUCCCCCUCUACUUCCAGAUUCGGAUGAUGAUAGAGGCCGGUCCGGACAAGCAACGGUCUCAUCUUGUUGCUGGGUCUCGGCGCCAGGGAUUGAACACCGAGGUCGGAAGCUUUCAUUUUCCGGAUGAUUACAUGUUGCCUGUGCACAGCCUUGGUAUACUUCUAGGGGAGUUCGGGGCAGCUGCCGCCAUCAAGCAGCUGGGUCGCGAAUCCACUCCGCUGGCAGGGUCUCUGCUUGCCUACUUCACGCUUGUCCAACUGUUUGGCCAUGGUAUUACCGGUUCUUUAACUGGGGCGAGUUUGGGGCCGAUAGCGAUAACACUAUUCGCUGGCAUUGCAAACGGGUCGGCCGAUAAUUGCCUUUCGUCCUUCCUUUUCGCGGCGGUGGGUGAACGUGACCGACCGGCGGCAGAGGCGCUCUCAUCGCAGGCAGGGAAUAUCGUUUCAGCCAUGGCGCUCGCUUAUGCUCCACUGCGGUAUGAGAGCUUGCUGAGGGAUGGACUUGCACGCGCGUAUGGUGAAAAGGAAGGCCAGAAGUUUGCUGACGUAGCCCUCAAAGACAUCAGUGCGGUGGAUAGCUUUCCAAGUGGUCCAAGAUACAUCACUCUGCAGUAUGCCCGAAAUGGGAUCGAGAGCAAGAUCUGGGAAGUCGAUCUCGUGCUUCUAGCUGAUUACGGUAACGCCAAGUACAUCGACUACCUCGUCUCCAUUAAGUACAUCAGCUCCAUCAACGAUAUUGACGAUAUCGACUACAUCAACUCCCUCAACCACAUCUACAUCGUCAGCGAGAACAACGACGUAGAGUCUGUCAACAUCAACCCCGUCAACGACGUCCACUCCCCCAACCACAUCAAUCUCUUUAAUCACGCCAACUUCAUCAACAGCUUCCACUUCAACUAUAUCAACUGUAUUAUCUACACAUACAACGUCAACCACCUCGACGACGUCAACGCCGUCAACGAUCUCAACUACAUCAAUCCCAUUAACCGCAUCAACUAUAUCGACUACAUUAACAACGUUGAAAACUUCAAGCACAUCAACUAUAUCAUCAACGUCUAUAACGUCAACCACGUCAACCACAUCGACGAUAACAACUAUUUCCACUCCAUCAACUGUAUCAAGCACAUCGACAACAUCAACAACAUCAUCUAUAACCACGACAACCACGACAUCAGCAGCAGCACCACCUCUAACCACAUCAGCAUCAUGCAGUGGCCCUCAAUAUCAAGCUUGUUCUGGCGCGAGUGGUGGCUCCUGCUUCUGCAACGGACGCAACGAUGGCCAGACACCUGA